ACCAAAGGCUGUUUGCCGAUUUUUAGAAGAUUUAUAUAAUAAAUAAUUAACUAAACAAUGGCGUUAUUUCAAAUGAAAUGGUUGCGCCGUUUUGUCCGGCGUAACACGAGUCCAAUACCGGAGAAUCGCGCUGAGUUGUGGAAACGACGCCUAAGCAUUGGUUAUGCUUUAUUGGCCUGGAACGCAUUUGGAAUGGUCUGCUAUAUGGUGUACACAGGUCGCAGCGACUGGGCCAAGCAUUACGGCUACAAAACAAAGGAGGAACUGGCGUUGUCGCCGGCACAACAGUUUGCACAACAUAUUCAUGUGGAGGGCACUGGCAAAAUUAUACGUUUCUCUGGCUUUACCAAAAAGGAGGAGGUGCCCUUUGACUCCAGCAAAGUGGAGCCUGUGCAGAAGUAAAUGCUGCCUUUAGUUGGUAAUAUACAAACAUGUUUUUUUUUUGUUAGUUCAUAUUGCA